AUGUAUAGAUAUGGUGUUGAAUGUCUAUUUCGAUUUUAUACAUAUGGUAUAGAAAAACAUUUUCGUCAACAUGUAUUUGAAGAUUUUCAUCAAGAAACUCUUUGUGAUCAUGAAGCUGGUCAAUUAUAUGGUUUAGAAAAAUUCUGGGCAUUUUUAAAAUAUUCUCGACAAAAACCAAAAAUCAAUCCAAAACUUGAAGAAAUUUUAAAAAACUAUAAAAAUCUUGAAGAUUUUCGUGUUGAUACUGCAUCAUUUCCACAACAAUUUUUUCCAACAAAAUCAAAUUAUACACCCGAAGCAAUUGCUGCUGCAGUAGCAAGGAACGGUGAUACAUCAAAUUCAUUAAAACCCAAUGGUGAACAAUAUCUGAACGGUGCUAAACUUUAUACACGUUUUGUUUUUCUUUUGUUUUGUCUAAAAAAAAACGGUGCUCAUAUUUAUUCAAGUGGAUUUCGAUUUAUUUAA